AUCGCACUGAAGAAACAUGCGAUGAGGCUCCAACGUUAUGGUCCUACCAACUGUAUUGUAAUUACUCGUUCGAUGAGCUGAUUUGGAAUUAACUAUUGUUUUCUAGAUGGCAGUAUCUGGCAAAUUAGCUGCUCUGCGGCUGCCCCCGCUACCCACCAUAGGGGAGAUCAUAAAGCUCUACAACCUGCGAGCUGAGAAGCAGUUGUCUCAGAACUUCCUCCUGGACCUGAGGCUUACAGAUAAGAUUGUGCGUCAGGCGGGCAUCUUGAAGGACGCCCAUGUGUGUGAAGUGGGUCCGGGGCCCGGGGGACUGACCCGAUCAAUCCUGAAUGCCGGCGCUGCGGACGUGCUGGUGGUGGAGAAGGACAGUCGUUUCAUCCCCAGCUUAAAGCUUCUGGCCGAGGCGGCCCCUGGCAGGGUCAGGAUAGUUCACGGUGACAUCCUCACCUACAGGAUGGACCGCGGCUUCAAGCCUCACAUAGCCAGGAAGUGGGAGGACGAGCCACCCAACCUGCACGUGAUCGGGAACCUCCCCUUCAGCGUGUCCACCCCGCUCAUCAUCAAGUGGCUGGACGCCAUGUCCACGCGGAGUGGGCCCUUCGUGUACGGCCGCACGCGCCUCACGCUCACCUUCCAGAAGGAAGUGGCCGAGAGGCUGACGGCGAGCACAGGGAGCAGACAGAGGAGUCGUCUGUCGGUCAUGGCCCAGACCUACUGCACCGUCAGCAGCUGCUUCACCAUCCCGGGGAAGGCCUUCGUUCCCAAACCUGAGGUGGAUGUGGGGGUGCUGCACUUCACUCCUCUGGCCCAGCCCCAGAUCCAGCAGCCCUUCAAUCUGGUGGAGAAGCUCGUCAAGAACGCCUUCCAGUUCCGGAGAAAACACUGCCUCCAUGGGCUUGCGAUGUUAUUCCCGGAGGCGGACCGCUCGGAGCUGACCCACGAGCUGAUGCGGCGGGCGUGCGUGGAGCCCACGCUGCGCCCGGGCGAGCUCACCAUCCCGCACUUCCGCGCCCUGGCGGACGCCUACGGCCAGCUGUGCGCCCAGCAGCCGGGCCUCGCCGCCUACGAGUUCCGCGAGGAGCUGCGGCUGAAGCGGCUGCACGGCAAAAAACACGUCGCUGAUGUCGCCGCCGACACCGCCGCCGCCGCCGGACCGCCCCGCAAAGAGACCCGACGACGGGCGCCACGGGACGAGGCAGAAGAAUGAACCCACCUGCACCCUAAAGAAGACGCCCGCACCCCCUCAAAGAGUCCCGACCAGCUCCACUGGAGGAGGAAGAAGAGGAAGAGGAGGAGGAGGAGGAGGAGGAGGAAUAACAUUAAGCUGGCUCGGGUGCAGUGAGGGGAGGGAUGAAACGAAGAAUGACAAGGGAGGAGAAAGAGAGACAACAGACUGCUCUUAGUGGCCACGUCCCACCAGCCAGGGGACAUGAAUUUUUCAGCGCGGGUUCCCUGUCUCCAGGAGGCACCGAGGAGGAGGAGGAGGAGGAGGAGGAGGUGGUGGUGGGCCAGGCACUGGAGAUGCUCCAGUCAUGAAGCUGGAUGAGAGAGGACCUACGCGCACACACACACACACACACACAUACACACAUCUAUACACACACACACACACACACACACACACACACUCAUGCGCACGCAGCCUGCCUCUGCCACCAUGACCUGGCUGACAGACUCACUGAGAUGCAUAGGCGCUGCUCUGGGACGAGCAAAGCCCAGUGAUGAAAUGGAAAGUGAAAGGGGGUAAAAGGAAGUCGUUAAAACCGUGGGACGGGGUGUGCGUGUGUGUGUGUGUGUGUGUGUGUGUGCUGAGGUGGUGGCGGUGGGUGCGCUUGUCACACACUCCACCUCAAACCUGCGUGCUCACACUAGGGCCCAUUGGUGUGUGAGAUAUCACACCGACAAGGGUUUUUGUGGACAACAUAAAAAAUGAGAACAAGUUGCAGCUAUUGAGGCCAUUUUAUCCCCGCUCUGCAUCAGCCACUGGGGAAUUUGUAAAAGAAAAAGGAGAGAAGCCGCUGAGAGAGAGAGAGAGAGAGAGAGAGAGAGAGGGAGAAGGUAGAGAAGGUAGCGGCGGGCCCUGCGACGCUGUCAGGAGGAGCCUACAGCAGCUAUAGGAGAGCUUUAAUCACAUCAGAGCAAGACGCCUCUUCAUUAUCUCAGACGUUUCACAAGCACAGAAAAAGAGUCAUCGCAUUUCUUCUUUUUUUUUUUGCUCCAGGAUGACAGCACAUUUUAAAAAUAGAUACUAUUACUUUGCAUUUAGAGGAAGGCUUCACGGAGAGCACCUGUGAUGUCUGCAAAUGUGCUUCUGUAAUUGUGUUCUGUAUCUGUAUCUGAUUUGUUCAAUAAAUGUGUAUGUUUAC